AUGUCUCCUACGCCGAUCCGUACCUCGUCCGACUACACCACCACUCCUGUGUUCAAGCGGAAUAGUCUUUACGUCAGUGAGGACACCGUUGACACUAGGUAUGUGGUCGUGAGUGGCGGCUCCGUCUCGGGCUUGGGCAAGGGCACGGCUAUCAGCAGCCUUGGAGUAGUACUCAAGAGCUACGGCUACCGUGUCACCGCCAUCAAGAUCGAUCCUUAUCUGAAUGUUGAUGCCGGCACUAUGAGCCCCUAUGAACACGGCGAAGUAUAUGUUCUUGAUGACGGUGGAGAGGCCGAUCUGGAUCUCGGCAACUAUGAGCGCUUCCUUGACAUCACGUUGUCGUCUGCUCACAACAUCACAUCUGGGAAGAUAUACGAAAAAGUUAUCAAGCGCGAAAGGACCGGCGACUAUCUGGGUAAAACCGUUCAGAUGAUUCCGCACGUCACAGAUGCCGUUCAAGAUUGGAUCCUCCAGGUCGCGGCUCAGCCGACUAGCAAAUCUCCUGGUGCUCCUCAUAUCUGCCUCAUCGAGCUCGGUGGUACUGUUGGAGAUAUCGAAAGUGCGGUAUAUCUUGAAGCUCUUCAGCAGUUCCAGCAUCGCGCUGGGAUCGAAAACGUCUGUAUGAUUCAUGUUGGACUUGUGCCGGUGAUGGGUGUGGUCGGCGAGCAGAAAACUAAGCCUUGUCAACACUCCGUCAAGCUCCUUCGUGAGGCCGGUAUCAAGCCUGACUUCCUCUUCUGUCGCUCAGAACAGCCCCUUCAUGACGAGACGCGGGCUAAACUAGCGCUCUUCUGCCAGACCCCUGAGGACCAUGUUAUCAGUCUCCAUGACGUCGCCAAUGUUUAUAAGGUUCCUCUGAUGUUAGACGAACAGAAUGUCGGCAAGCUGGUGUUGGAGUGUUUACAUCUCGACGUCAACGGUCCCACCAGAAGCAUCAAGCACGGCUUGCCUCUGUCGCCAGCCAUCAAUAAAACAACCGAGGAUUCAUCCGCUCCAGCUAACCUGACGGACUGGAGGGCGCUCGCUGAGAAGGCGGAGAAAAUCAGUGAAGAUGUUGUUAUUGGCGUUGUUGGGAAGUACACUGGUCUGCAGGACUCGUAUCUGUCGGUUAUCAAGUCGCUGAAGCAUGCCUCGAUCGAUGCGGGUGUCCGCCUGGUCAUCGAAUGGAUUGAGGCCUCGGACUUGGAGCCCAACCAACGUACACACGCCCCUGAGCGCUACGACUCGGCAUGGAAGCGUCUGAAGGAGUGCCAUGGUAUCCUUUGCCCUGGUGGCUUUGGUGAUCGCGGUAUAGAAGGCAAGGCUCUUUGCGCUAGAUACUGCCGUGAGACCAAUACGCCAUACUUUGGUAUUUGCUUGGGGCUCCAGACUGCUGUAAUUUCCUAUUGCCGUGAUGUGCUUGGCCUCGAGGAUGCCAACUCGGCUGAGUUCGACCCCUCCGCUGAUACUCAGUGCUGUGUGUUCAUGCCCGAAGUCUCUACUACAGCUAUGGGAGGUACCAUGAGGCUCGGAUCCCGUGUCACUAUAAUCAAGGAUCCCGAUAGCCUCGCUUAUAAGCUCUAUGGCGGUCAGCCCGUCAUCUACGAGAGACACCGUCAUCGCUAUGAGGUGAAUCCUCAGCUUGUUCCUCAACUCGAGGCUGCUGGUAUGCGUUUCGUAGGGAUAGACGAGCGCGGUCAGAGGAUGGAGAUUGCAGAGAUCCCUUCUCUCGAUUUCUUCCUUUGCACCCAGUUCCACCCUGAGUUCAAGUCCAGGCCGAUGCGCCCGAGCCCUCCCUUCCUCGGGUUUGUUCUUGCAGCAUCCGGCAAGCUGAGUUCGCGUUUGGAGGCCGACGGUGGAUUUUUGAAGCCCGGUGCCGGAUGGCUCGCUCAUCACUGA